ACCCUCCAUUGCAAACGAUCCCAUGUCCGAGCUCUCAACUCCAUAGCAAAAAAUUCAGAGAGAGAGAGAGAGAGAGAGAGUAGAUUUUGUUCAGAUUUUCGUCAGAUUUUGUUUCUUUUUCUUCAUUUUCGAGCUAGCGAUCAAUCAUGUUGGGAGUUUUCAGCAGCGCGAUCGUAUCGCCGCCGGACGAGCUGGUGGCCGCCGGCAGCCGCACUCCGUCUCCAAAGAUAACGGCGGCGGCGCUGGUCAACCGCUUCGUCCAGAACAAUGGGAACGCCGUGUCCGUACAGGUCGGCGACCAUGCUCAGCUAGCCUACAGCCACAGCAACGAGUCAGCGUUACAGCCGAGGUCAUUUGCAGUGAAGGAUGAGAUAUUCUGCUUGUUUGAGGGAGCCCUUGACAACUUGGGAAGCUUGAGGCAGCAAUAUGGACUAGCCAAGUUUGCAAAUGAAGUGCUUUUGGUGAUUGAGGCCUACAAGGCACUGCGAGACCGGGCCCCCUACCCACCUAACCAUGUGGUUGGCCACCUCAGUGGAAAUUUUGCUUUCAUAGUAUUUGACAAGUCCACCUCCACCUUGUUCGUGGCUUCUGACCAAUAUGGCAAGGUGCCUCUGUCUUGGGGAAUCACCGCUGAUGGAUAUGUGGCCUUUGCUGAUGACGCAGAGUUGCUUAAGGGUGCUUGUGGCAAGUCACUUGCCUCAUUCCCUCAAGGAUGCUUCUACUCCACAGCGGUUGGAGGCCUGAGAAGCUAUGAGAAUCCUAAAAACAAGAUCACUGCUAUACCUGCUACUGAAGAAGAGUUCUGGGGUGCAACAUUUAAGGUGGAAGGGCCAGCAGUUUUUGCAGCCACAAAGUAGAGAUUUUCCUGAUAGAGUGCAGUCUUCAAAAUCUGUAUCCAUUUCAGGGAGGGCGGUUAGGGGAGAGGCUUUUAUAUGGUGUUGAAUGUAAGGCAUACAUCCGGGAGGGAGGGGCCAUGUAAAUACCUGGUAAUGGUGACUGUUGUUGAUAAGUGUUGAUGUUUUGUAUGAGGGCUUUGUUUUCUCUUCUUGUUGUAGUUGCUCGCUGUAUUCUAGCUUCUACUGUUGUACAGCUAUGCUUUUUAUCUUUUUAUGAAGUUGUAUUAAUUAAGGUUUCAAUGCUUUUUCGUUGACGCAUAAUGCAAUUAUAUAACGUAAGAGUAAUUUUUCGGUGCGACA